UGAGUCUCAGCCUGGCUGCUGGUCUGCUGUGUGACCUUGCCCAGGUCUCAUCACCUCUCUGAGCCUCUCCUCAUCUCUAAAGUGGAGGGCUUUAUAAUGGGGAUGAAAUAAAGGUGCCCGGUUCAUUCUUGAAAGUUCCAAGGCUCAGAGGAGGCCUCUAGGAGAGCUGUAAACAGGCCUGGGUCCUGCUGCCUUGGAAAGAAGGUGCAGCAAGUGACCCUAGGUUAGAUUGGAGGUGGGACUGGCACCUGGUACGGGGAGUGCCUGCCAGGUGGGCGGGGCUGGGUGUGGGCUCUCUAGAGCACAUAGCUCUUUGGUCUUUGGUUCCUCCUGUUUGCUGCACCCCUACUGUGUGCUGCCCAGGGAGUGUUGGGCGUGGGGGCCUGGGAGCAGCCCAGAGGGAAGAGGGUGCCCCACCUCCAGCCCAGGAGGAGCCUGCCGAGGCCUGCCCCUCGGCCCGGCCGCCGAGUCAGCACCGAAGGGCCCCGGAAAUCCCAUGGAGGUCUCGGUGCAGAAGAUGGCCGGCGGCGUGGACGGCCCCAUCGGGAUUCCGUUCCCCGACCACAGCAGUGACAUCCUCAGCGGACUCAACGAGCAGCGGACACAGGGCCUGCUGUGCGACGUGGUGAUCCUGGUGGAGGGCCGUGAGUUCCCCACGCACCGCUCAGUGCUGGCUGCCUGCAGCCAGUACUUCAAGAAGCUGUUCACGUCGGGUGCCGUGGUGGACCAGCAGAACGUAUACGAGAUCGACUUCGUCAGUGCCGAGGCGCUCACGGCCCUCAUGGAUUUCGCCUACACAGCUACGCUCACCGUCAGCACGGCCAAUGUGGGUGACAUCCUCAGCGCUGCCCGCCUACUCGAGAUCCCCGCAGUGAGCCACGUCUGUGCCGACCUCCUUGACCGGCAGAUCCUGGCGGCCGAUGCAGGUGCCGAUGCCGGGCAGUUGGACCUGGUAGAUCAAAUUGAUCAACGAAACCUCCUUCGCGCCAAGGAGUACCUUGAGUUCUUCCAGAGCAACCCCAUGAACAGCCUGCCUGCUGCUGCUGCCGCCGCUGCCGCCACAUUCCCAUGGUCCGCCUUUGGCGCAUCCGAUGAUGACCUGGAUGCCACCAAGGAGGCCGUGGCUGCUGCCGUGGCUGCUGUGGCCGCUGGCGACUGUAACGGCUUGGACUUCUAUGGGCCUGGCCCCCCGGCCGAGCGGCCCUCGGCAGGGGAUGGGGAUGAGGGUGACAGCAACCCAGGUCUGUGGCCAGAGCGGGACGAGGACGCCCCUGCUGGGGGACUCUUCCCGCCCCCUGUGGCCCCACCAUCCACUGCCACGCAAAAUGGUCACUACGGCCGGGGCGGGGAGGAGGAGGCAGCCUCGCUGUCGGAGGCGGCUCCUGAGCCGGGCGAUUCUCCGGGCUUCCUGUCGGGAGCAGCUGAGGGCGAGGACGGGGAUGGGGCCGACGCGGACGGGCUGGCAGCCAGCACGCUGCUACAGCAGAUGAUGUCGUCAGUGGGCCGGGCAGGGGCCGCUACGGCAGGGGACAGCGAUGAGGAGUCGAGGGCAGAUGACAAGGGAGUCGUGGACUACUACCUGAAGUACUUCAGCAGCGCCCACGACGGCGACGUCUACCCGGCCUGGUCCCAGAAAGUGGAGAAGAAGAUCCGGGCCAAGGCCUUCCAGAAGUGCCCCAUCUGCGAGAAGGUCAUCCAGGGCGCUGGCAAGCUACCGAGGCACAUCCGGACCCACACAGGAGAGAAGCCCUACGAGUGUAACAUCUGCAAGGUCCGAUUCACCAGGCAGGACAAGCUCAAGGUGCAUAUGAGGAAGCACACAGGCGAGAAGCCGUACCUGUGCCAGCAGUGCGGGGCGGCCUUCGCUCACAACUAUGACCUGAAGAACCACAUGCGCGUGCACACCGGCCUGCGCCCCUACCAAUGCGACAGCUGCUGCAAGACCUUCGUGCGCUCCGACCACCUGCACAGACACCUCAAGAAGGACGGCUGCAACGGCGUGCCCUCGCGCCGCGGCCGCAAGCCCCGCGUGCGGGGUGCGGGGCUUGGGGGUCCCGACCCCGCCCCCACUCCUGGGGCCCCCGCCCCACCCGGCGCCCCCGCCCCGCCCGGCUCACCAGACGCACGGCGCAACGGCCAGGAGAAGCACUUUAAGGACGAGGACGAGGACGAGGACGAGGCCAGCCCCGAUGGCCUGGGCAGGUUGAAUGUAGCGGGCGCCGCAGGGGGAGGCGACGGGGGCGCCGGGGCCACCGCCGAUGGCAGCUUGGCGGCCGGACUCGCCUGAAAAACCAAAAAGAGAAAACAGAAACCCAAGAGAGAGAGAGAGAGAGAAUCACCCACCACCCCCAAAAAAACACAAAAAAAGAAAAUCUAUCUAUAUACAGAUAUCUAUAUCUAUAUAUAUAUAUAUAUACAGAUAUAUAUAUAUGAAGCGUCACAGAAUCUAGGGUAGUGCUUUUCUCAGAUUUUUCUCCUUCAUGAUGUUCUCUCCCUCCACGGGACCCUCGCCCCACCUCAACCCCUGGCCCACUUGCCCCCAACCCCAGCGAUGGCUUUCAGGGCUCUGCUUGAGGUUUUUGUGGGACACAAGGAUUCGGAGCUCCCCGGGCGCCCUCAGCUGGGCGUUUUGGGUCCCAUCCCAGGCCCAGUCAGGGCCCCAGGCCCUGCAGGGGUGAGGGGGGCUGCGGGGGGCCGGGGACUGGGGUGGGCUUUUCUUUUUCUCCCUUUGCUGGUUUCUAGAGUCUUUGAGACAAGACCUUAAAUGAUUUCUGUCCGCUGUGAGUGGACGUUAAAAUGGCCCCAUCCCCACCCCCACCCUCCUUCCUCAGGGCACUUCCUAAGUGGGGGUCUCCCCCUCCAUCUCCCUGACAGCCCCCCCACCACCUCCUGAUCCUGCCUGUGGUCCCCUAUAUCUCCUGGCCACUGCGAUACAAAUCUAUUUAUUUUCAGGCGUGGAGAAAGGGGAGAAGAUGGGGAAGGGGGGGUGCCAGAGCUCGAGUGCCAUGGCCCUUGCUGCCUUCCUUCAUGGCACUUACGACUCGGCGGGACCCAUGGGCCACCGCUCAGGGCACCCCUACCACCUGCAUCUUCAUCCCCUGACCCAGGCCCCCCAGACCCCACGAGACGUUUGGAGAUUCGAAACUUUGUCUUCACCCUCUCCCCUACCCCUAGCCCUCUCCCAAUUUUUUAAAGCACUUUUUAGAUUUUUUUUUCUUUUCCUCCUUAAAAACAAAAUUUAUAUAUAGAUAUAUAUAUAUAUAAAAUAUACUUUUCCUCAGAGGAGCAGGUGACAGUGUGGGGUGAAAGAGCCAAGGGCAGAGGGAACCCAGGGUCUCAUGGUGGCAGGGAUGUGGGGAGCGAGAGUGUCCAGAAGUUCCAGUGUCACAAAAGCAAUAAAAACAAGAUUUUACAAAAUGAAAGGAAAAACAAAAACAAAACAAAACAAAAAAAUCACAAGACAACCAACCACAAAUAGAAGUCUUGGCACUUUGUAACAGAACGGGUACUACACUUUAUCUUAAUUCUUAAUUUAAGAACAUGUUUACAAGUUGCAACCAACUUCUAUGAAAAGUCAAAAAGACAAAAAAAAAAAAAAAAAAAAAGCGAGCGAGAGAGAGAGAGCGAGCGAGCGAGCGAGAGAGAGAGCAAACAAAUUCCUAAAAGUCGAUUUAUUUUUGUACAAAAUAAUAAAAAAAGAAACCCACCACAGACGUAGAAUCCACUUCUGUUCCCCAAGGUGAGAAGGGGGUCAGGAAAGCAUGGGCCAGGGCGAGGCCUUCUGAGGUAUUUGUGCUUUACCAUGGGGGCUUGCCUUGCAGGCAGGACUGUGGGGUUUUUGUGUUUCUGCCGUGUCCCCCGCAACCCCCCUCAUUCUGUCCCUUUUUGGGUUCUGAUUUGGAGACGUCUCAUCACCUGCUAGCCAUACAGUGGCCACCCAUGUCCGCUGGGACCCUCCUUACCGACUCCCCAGCUCAGGGUUGGGUCCAAGAGAGGGCUGGCCUUCCAACCAGCCAGAGCAAUCCUAUCCCCCUGUCCUUGUCCCCCACCCUCGCUGUCCCCCACCCUCCAACAUGGCUGCCCUUCCUGUGGCCACUGAGGAGCUGCCAUCUUGGUUAUGCCACCCCCGUUGAGGUGGGCAACAGGGGGCCCCACCUCCAGGGCCUUACACCCCCUCUCCCCCGGGCACCCCUCUUUUUACUCAAAGGCACUGACUGUAAUCUGGGGGCUGGCACUUGCUUCCCCCCAGCCUCUGGCUCCCCAAAGGCCCGGUGUUCACCGAGCCACAGGCCACGGACAGGGGCCAGGGCUGGGGAGACCGUGUUGCCAGAGGCCAGGGCACCCUCCCCACCCCUUCCCUGUCGCAUAUGCAACCCUAGUGUGAAAUCCUGUAAAUAGACGCUCUGCUGAGCUGAGACCCUUCCUCAUCAAAGCCUGAGGUGCAGGGGUGUUUUUGCUCUCCACCUCUAGCCCCUGGCCCAUCACCCCAUGUCCCUUUGUUCUGUGACAAACCCUAUCUUUUUCUUGUUUUUAAAGGGAAGCUUUUUAAGAAGGCAACUUUCAUCAUUGUUUCUACAGGAUAGUUUCUGUUUUUUCUGCUCCCCAGCUCCUGAGCCUGUCAGCCCCCCAAAUGUCUCAGGACCCCCCCCCUCCUGAGGGGGGUGGCAGGGGAGCCCAAGGCCGGGUGGCCCUGUCCACACCCCAGCAUCAUGGGGCGAGCUCUUUCAGAGAACACCUGUGGAGGCCGAGCAGAGAGCUCAAGUGCCCAGGCCAGCGACCCCCCCACCCACCCCAGCUCCCAGAGAGGUUCCCUGAGGGGACAGUCCUCUCCCCACUACCCACACACCCCCUCGCAAUAAAACCAACUGAAAAAUCACAGCUGUCAUCCUGGCCAGAGGGGACAACUGGACUUGGGGGGUCGAGGCCUCUGGGACUACGGCGGGGGUAAGGGCUGAACCCCGCCAAGCACAUUUUAACACAAACCUCCUCGGGAAUUGCACUAAACCCCUGCCCCUAGCUCUGCGCUCAGCUUCUGCCAGCCCUGCCCACCCACUCCGCCUUAACCCCUCUCCUGCUGCCCGUCCCCAGGGGCCACAGCAUCUGCAUGGGCCCAGAGCCGGGACCCCCGCCCUUCCAGCCCAGCCCCCCUCCAACUCCGCGCAAUCACAUACUGUAUAUAGACGUGGAUCAAUUUUAUUUUUAUUCUUUAAAUUAAGGUCGUGAUAAAGUGUUGCCAAAGAUACUGCUGAAUUCUCGCGUUUCAGGAAACAAACAAACAAAAAAAAUAUUUGAGGGGGAACGUGCUGACUGGUCAGAAAGGACACAGCAAAAAGGUUUUUUGUUUGGUUGUUUGGGGUUUUUUUUGUGGUUUCUUUUUUGGGGUGGUUUUUUUUUUUAACUGCCUGGUACAAAAAAAAAAAAAAGAAAAAAGAAAAGCAGCGAAAUUGUUAUUUCCAUCAUCUUGGUGAAACUGCGUGGAUGUGUGUGUGCACGUGUGUUCGAGAGUGAGGUCCAGGCAGGGGGGCUUCAGGUGGGGGCUCCGGGGGGCGCCCCAGGGUGAGGGUGGGGGCCGUGGGCCUGGCGGGAUGGUGGGGUCGGAGCCCUCACCUGGCGCAGUCACCAGCCCACAGGACCCAGGAGAGAGAGAUUUGCACCCUUGCUGCUGCUCCCUGCCUAGCCCCCCACCUUGAUCCCCACCCUGCCUUUUGAGAUUAAGAGAAAAAAAAGGCAAAAAAAAAAAAAAAAAAAAAAAAAAAAAAAAAAACCUUAAAAACCAGUGAAUGUAAAUUGCCAGACCAGGCCCAGCCUGGCAUGGGUGUGGGCCUGGGCCUGUGCCCAGUGGAGCUCCCCUGGGCCAUACCAAAGUCUGCCCCCCCGAGGGCGGCUCGCCCAGGAGACCCCUCGUGGCUGUCCCAUCUAGUCAGCCUGUUUGUACUUGGCUAUCCCUUUGCUUGCUUCCAAGGGGGAGAGGUCUUGGGUAGGAGGGGGAGGGGUUCCCCAGCCCCUUCCAGGGUCUUCUGGGGAGUCUUUGCACUACUGAGACCCAUCGGCCUCCACAGCUAUGGCUGAAUGGCCUUGUCGCAGGUGAUAGAAUGGAGGCAGGGGCCCUCCAGGACCAAGGCAGUCCAGGCAUCUGGGAUUGUAGGAGGCGAGACCAAGAGAGUGAAAAGAAAAGCAGGAGGAAAAAAAAGUAAAAAUCAACAAAAAAAAGCAAAAAUCCUAUUUUUUGAGAAAGAAAGAUAUUUAUAUUUGCAGUUUUAUUUUAAAAAGUUAUUUAAGCUGAGGAAGCAGCCUUCCUGGAGGGGGGAUAUUAUUGGCUGGCGCAGGACGGGUCAGGGCCUGGGGGCUCAGGCACCCCAGGAGCCAUAACCUCAGAGUAAGACUAGCUCGCACUAAAUAUAUAGAUUUACAUUGGGGGGCGGGGCAGGAGAUGGAGGGGGCUGGGGAGACCCCCAUCCCAAGGCUAGGGCUGCCUGCAGGCUGCGGCCAGGGGUCCUGAUGCCCAGGGUCCCCCCUGCCCCACCCGCCCAGGCCCAGACAUGAGGUGCCUUGGACUUUGGGGGGCCAGGUCUGGUGGAGGGGGGUGGGGUGGCGCCCACGGGGGCACAGAGCACAGAGCAGACAUUCCAUAGACUGUAUUUGAGAGUCUUUAUAAAGUGUGGGAGAUUAAAAAAAAAAUCAAUUGAUAAAAAUGCACUUUUGGGGGGUGGGGAGGGAGAAGCUUUAAAAAUAAUAAUAAAAAAAAGACAAAAGGUGAUGAAAAACCAGACAAAAAAAUUCAUUUUUCUUGUACAUAAAAAAACCACUAAACGCAGCCUGUUACGA